UCCUCUCGGCAGCCAUCAUUUCAUUUCGUUGACUUGUUUUGCCAAUUUCUUAGACAGAGCAACAAUGCUUUCCCGAUAUUGCAGCAGGACAACACUCAGAGCAGCGAACACUGCGCUGCGGAGUUUCUCAACAACAUCAAGCCAACAAAAGAAAGUAGCUGUAUUGGGUGCAAGUGGUGGAAUCGGUCAGCCAUUAGCCCUUCUCCUCAAGCAGAGUAAACUGAUAACCCACUUGUCACUAUAUGAUAUCGCCCAUACACCUGGAGUCGCCGCCGAUCUCUCUCACAUUGACACACCUGCCGUUGUCUCUGGACACUUAGGCCCUGAAGAACUUCAAAGUGCUCUAGAAGGAUGUGAUGUGGUUGUGAUUCCAGCUGGUGUCCCUCGGAAACCAGGAAUGACGCGAGAUGAUCUAUUCAAUACAAAUGCCACGAUUUGUGCUGAUUUAGCUGUAGCAUGUGCAAAGCACUGCCCAAAAGCUAUGAUGGCCAUCAUUGCUAAUCCUGUGAAUUCAACUGUUCCUAUUGUUAGUGAAAUCUUCAAGAAUAAUGGAGUAUACGACCGUAACAGGAUAUUCGGUGUGACAACGUUGGAUGUAGUACGAGCAAAUACAUUUAUAGCCCAAGCAAAAGGUUUAGACGUCAAGGAUGUUGCGGUGCCCGUUAUUGGUGGUCACGCUGGAAUCACAAUCAUCCCCAUCAUAUCACAAGCUACACCACCAGUCUCAUUCCCCAAGGAGGAGCGGGAUGCCCUUACAAAGAGAAUCCAGGAUGCUGGCACUGAAGUUGUGAAAGCCAAAGCUGGUGCUGGUUCGGCCACACUGUCUAUGGCGUACGCUGGUGCACGGUUUACCCUGUCACUCCUCGAAGCUCUCACCGGUACAGAAGGCAAAUAUGAGUGCGCCUACGUGAGAUCAGAUGAGAGUGAAGCCAAAUAUUUCUCUACACCACUUUUACUUGGGCCCAAUGGUAUCGAGAAAAACUUGGGAAUCGGCCGACUUAUUGACUAUGAAGGAGCUCUGCUUAAAAAUGCUAUGGAUGAACUGAAGGCUAGCAUCAAGAAGGGAGAGGAAUUUGUAGCCAAAAAUUACUAACUUGGGACUGUUCUUGAGUAAUAAUCUUUGACUUACAGUGACUAACACCGUAACUUAGUAUACUUCACCCUUUUUACACGACGCUCUGAAAUAAUCUAGAGGUUAUCGUGUCCGGGUGUGGACACAGAUACCUGCUGGGUAUUUGCUUGCAGGAUUUGUUCAAGUUUGAUGACUGGUUUUGUGAUAUUUUGAUUGUCUAAUUCUUCCCCGUUUAGUUUCGAACCAGCCAGCAGGAAAGUGUGAAAUCGUUUAAGAGCUGUGAACAAUACCUGUACGUUUAACUUAUUGUGGAAUAGUUCCAUUUUAUACCCAUCUUAUGCAUCGAUUGUUCUGCAAUGUUGAUCUGUCUCAAUCAAAUUGUGAAUUGUGGUGUGAAUCGUUGAUUUUGAAAUAAGACUGAAAGUUGAAGAUUAUUGCAGCAAUAUUUCCUGUUGUUUCUAAAUACAUAUAACAGUGUGCAUUGUGAACAGCCAUCGUAACAAGUCAGUGUUCAGCAACUGUGGCAAUGAUCAAGUGAACUAGAUAUUUAGAUAUAUAACUUAUUAUUGUUAGGAGCAAAGUGAUGUGCUGUAUUCACACAAUGCUAGAAUGCUACCUGUUUGAACACCUCUUGUUCUGGUCUCCUUCAGUGUUAUAUUAGGCAGAGUUCUUCUAUGUUUUAUUAGAAGAUUAGUUAUGAGAAACUUCUUGGUUGCCAAGAAAUUAUCUCAAAACCUUGAUGAUUAUUUUGGAGUACUAGUUUCAAGAAAAAAAGUUUUGGGCGUUACAGAUAGCUAAUAUUUGUGUUAAAACCAUUCUGUAGUAACGUGCUAACAACCAGGCUAUGUGCUUCUUCAAUGUUUUGAAAUUGGUGCAAUUAUUUGUCGUUAAUUGCAAUGUUUGAAAUGGAUAAGGACUUGCAUUGUAAAAGAGUUAACAGUAAUCAUUUGGAGAGGAAGAGCUUUUCUUCAGGCGUGAUAUUUUAUACCAUGUGCUGUGUUUAAAAUUGUGCUUCUUUCACCCCCUAGUUUUUAGCAUUGGCCAGUAGAUGUCGCCCUACAGUGCACCAGAGCUUUUCCCUCUUGUGAUUGAUAAUGAAGGACACAAACGUUGAUGAAGGCAGAUUGAUGAAAUGUGUAGUUUAUCUGUCAGUUGGUAAAUUUUUCUGAAACUGAGCAACCAUAAUAAAAGUGGCAUGUAUAUCAAAUUGGACGAAUAUUGCUAUUUCUCUGCCCCUUGGUCAUGGCAUGUUGCUAUGGAAACCAGUUCAUCAGACAAGACUAUAGUCUGCUAGUCUUCGUUGUAUGAAAUGUUGUGUGUACAGAUACCAUUGGUAGAAUAAAUUUUAAAAAGACUCAAUCAA